ACCGGAAUCCGAAACAUCGAAAUGCGCUUGACGUUUCUUGUGCUACACUGAUUAGGUACAAUAUUUUGAUAUAAAAUGUCGCCUCCAUCGGAAUUAAGUUUUGAAGAAAUAUUAAAGUUUAUGUUGGCCCACAAUGGCAAGGUCACGAACCAUGAGUUAGUGAAACAUUUCAAAGUGUUUUUAAUGAAUCCAGACAUGAGAGAUGAAGCAAGAAGUACCUUUAAAAAACAUGUGAAUGCGCUAGCAAUCAUUAAAAAUCAGAAUAACGAGAAAUGGCUUAUAUUAAAGAAGAAAUAUCUGCCAAAUAACGGUAAAGAAAACGAAGAUGUCACAGAGAAAGUCCCCGAGUCACCAAAUGUAACAGUAGCUGAAACACCAGUGGAACCAGUUACAAACAUGGAGGAAGAACCUCCUGAACGCCCUCCACUACCAUUACAACUGAACCAAGAUUUUAGUAUACUGAACAAUCUUAUUCAAGACUCCACAAUUCCUGUCAGCAAUGAUGCCUACAUUCCUAAAAGUGAUUCUAGAGAAAGUCUAUUGUCUGUUCCGAGUGAAGACAUACCUCCAAAAGUGUAUCCUCGCAGGCGAUCAUCGGAAAAAAGUUUUGAGAAAAGAUCUAGCAUUCCAACUACACCUGUGCAGCGAGCCUCCAUUCCUAAUCUUGAUGUAUCUGAGUUUAAUAACUCCAUGUCACCAACAAUGUCAACCUCCACCAGUGAGAGUAUGUUGGUUGAUAGCGAGCAAACAAUAUCUGUGAAGGAGAGAAAGCAAAUGUUUAAUCGAAUGGCUUCGGAGAGUGAUGUAUUGAAGCCUAAUAAACUUGGGAGCAACAUGAGUUCACAGGGCGUAGAUGAGGAAGAUAGAGUUUCUCUCGAUCAAAAGAGCGAGACUGAUCCAUUAGACUCGAAGCAAAAGCAAUGGAUUUUGUGUGCGGCGAGAGGAGAUUAUCACGCAUUGACGAAGAUGUGUAAGGAUAAUCCAAAGCUUGUGAAGACUAAGGAUCCCUUUACGGGUUAUACAGCGAUGCAUUGGGCUUGUAAACGUGGGGAUGAAAACUUGGUAAAAAUGUUGGGUGGAGUCGCCACGUGCCAGCGGUACAUAGUCAACGAACGCUCUAAUGGGGGGUACACACCUCUGCACAUCGCUAUGCAGUUUCGUCACGAGAACGUAUAUAGACUCCUAGUUGAAGUUUAUGAUGCUGAUCCAAAUGUUCGUGAUUGGUCGGGCAGAAAGCCGAGACAAUAUUUGGUACAUAUGGAUACAUCAUUAUCACCUGGCUCCUAUCGAAAGGCAGACACAUUCGAUACACGUCGGACAGUUACCGCACCUCCUGUCGUAAGAGUUACAGCAAACGCAAUAAAUGCUCAGUCAAAAAAGGAGGGAUUUCUUCGCAUUGGGUCCCUGAAUGUGAAAGUGAAGAAAACUACAGAAGCCUUUAGUAACUUCCUUGGCGUGGGCUCGACUAGGUCGUCUGCUUAUGUUCCAAAAUCUGCUCGCGACCGUGAAGAUCGCCGGUCUGAUGACAGCGACCAGCUCAAAAGUUGGGGUUCAGCAGACAAUAUUCAAAAAGAUGACAAACUCAUGCCACCUCCAACCAGUAGCAAAGUGAGGCGUCGUGGCGCUAGUGGUCGAAGAGGGAUCGGAGCAGCACACAGCCGCAGCACUCCAUCAACACCGGAUCAGCCUCGUGCGCAAAUGGGUGUCGUUGAAGACGGAGACUCAGAUUCUGACUCAGCCGCAGGAUUCCACUCAGCAUGGCGACAACAACGAGCUUCACACUGCACUUAGUCGCAUUACUCAUCCACAUAAUAAACACAUAAUUAAAAUUAUGUAACUGGAAACAUUUAAAUUAGGUUCACAUAAACGCCUAAUUGUAAUAGAUUAGAGCACAUACAAGUUUUCUGCAAUAUUCGGCUGAAGUUUCAAGUGAGAACGCCGUAUUUUAGUAAAUUGUAUUUUAUUUGAAAUUACAGAUUACAUUUAAUUGGAAAUUACAGAUUUUUUGUCAAUACUGUAAUUUUUUUGUGUAAUUUGGGUGAAAUUGGUUUCAAAAUGAAUCGAUUUGCAGGAGUUACGGUAGGGGUCAAUAGAGGCGUUUUCGAGGUGAAUAGAAACAGUUACAAAAAAUAAUUAUGUAAUGCAUUUUAGAAAAUAGGAAAUCAAAUUAUAUUUAAGCAUUUUUAUAUGCCCCAAAAAAAUACUUUUCCGUUAACCCCUUGAGACUAUUCACCCUCGUUAAUGGUAGUGACAGGAGAUUCUACAGUUAGAUUUUAUGAUUACAAUUAUAAGUAUUUAACACAAAUCACAAAUAAAGGGUUCCUUACUCUAAAAAAGUAUUGGUCUAUUAGGAAUGAAUUAGAUAUCGCUUAAAUAAAUGUUACUUGACUGAAUGGGCUUCAUCCAUGAAA